AUGAGUAGUGGAGAUUCGGAAGUGGCAGCUACUCCAGAUCAGAAGAGCACAGUGACAGAAGAUAAACCCAGUACCACGUCAAGCUCACCGAGUGGUGAUCAAAAUAACACAGUCAAAGUUAAAAAAACUCCAACUUCAUGGGAACCAGAAGAUGACGUGCUACUAAUGCACCUUAAAGAAGUUCAAAAACUUGGAUGGAAACAAAUUGCAUCGCACUGUAUGACGGCCAAUUCUGCACAAUUCAGAUGGAGACGACUUAAAUCAGGUAACCUAAAAAACUUGCCCAAAUCAGCAGCUGCAUUAGGUGAUAAAUUCAAACAAAAUCAAGAAUUUUUAAAUUCUUCAUCAUCAUCAAAGAAAAAAAAGACUACUCAACCACCACCUCCUCCACCAAUUAAAACAGAAACAACAGAAGAUUAUCAAUACGAACAAGCUCCUAGUGGUGGGUUCCAAGGUUUUGACAACAAUAUUUCAACAGCUUUAGCUGGCUUAAAUGCAUUAUCUAAUUCACCAUCAUAUAUACCACAAUCAAGUGUAACCACUCCCAAAAUGUCAGUAUCAUCACCAAGCACUAAUGAACCACCCACAAUCGUAACUACAAAUUCCAAUAACAUCGACACAACUGAAAGUCAAAAAUAUGAAAAUUCUCCAGAUUCAGAUUUAGAAUCACUGGGUCGAUCUGGUAUUAGUAUACCUGGUGGUACAGGUGGUUAUUAUACGGAAAUGGCAGUUGAUCCAACGAUAAAUUUACCGCAUAACAGAACCCAUCCAGAAACACCCUCCUCAUUAACUCCAAGAAAUUCAACUUCUCAUACAAAAGAUCAUACUGGUUCAAUAUCAGUAGCAGCAGCGGCAUUAAGAAAUAAUUCCAUAAUACAAAUAACAAAUGACGAUAGAGCAUCAAUACUGUCAAUAACAAGAGCUUCAGUCUCAUCAUUACCUUCAAAAUCAAUGAAUAUACCGCAUCAUCAACUGGGGAACAAUUCAUUAGCUCAUUUACCAGUAUUAUUUGGUGGAUCGGGUAGUAUAAGUGGACCAUCUAGAAAUUCAAGUAUAAGUGGAGCCACAGGUGUACAUCAAACAACAGUAUCAAGUUUAAGAAAUGGUUCAUUAGCUGGUCCCAAUCUGGGUUAUUAUUCAAGAUCUGGAUCGGUCGUUAUACCGCAUAAUUCAAAUGAAGAACCACUUAAAAUAGAUAAAGAAAAAAUUGAAGCAAGUAAUAAAAAAUUACAAAAAUUAAGAAGAAGUAUGCCAUCUUCAAAUUCAUCCAAGAAAAAGCAACAAAAUAAGAAACUAGAUUUACCUUGGGCAAUGGAAGAAGAUGAACUAUUAAUUAAUAGAAGAAAUAGAGAAUUAUCAUUUGCUGAAUUAUCAAUACUACUACCUCAAAGGACAGAAGGUGAAAUUUGGUCAAGAAUUGAUUAUUUGGAAAAAUUAAGAAAUGGAAAUGACAGAUCUUCAAAUUCAAGAGAUUCAAGAAGAGCAAGACAAUCUUCAAUAGGUUUAGAUGAUGUUAAUGAUUUAUAUGAUGAUGACGAUGAUGAUGUAAUUGGCGAUAUAGGAGUUAGUGAUGAUGAUGAUGAUAAUGCAUUAAUUGAUGUUGAUGAUGUUGCACCCAAUGGAAGAAAUAGGAAAAGAAGAGCAAGCUCUGCUAUUAAUCCUUUGGCUAGACGUCCAAUAAGAAGAAAUUAA